CCUGUACUCAGUGGAGUUAUUAUUUGGUAUUGAGGUGUUCAGGAUCCGCUGCCCGUCGGGGAGAGAGACGCACCGGGAGCUGCGACGCACAAACCCAAAGUCCGAAAAUGACUGUAGAGAGAAUAUUCGACGAGCUUGGACAUUUCAAAAGAUUUCAGGCAUGUCUGUACUUUGCAGCAGUCUUCCAGGCUGUAGCCUGUGGGAUCCACUACCUGGCCUCUGUCUUCCUGGUGGAGACUCCAAACUUUGUGUGCAGCAUGCCCGACAACAUCACUGAUGUCUUGUAUGGUAACAUGACAGGAUCUAGUCUGGAUGACAUCCUGCCAGUCUUCAACGCAAAAAAUGGGCCUUUGGUGGUGAGAACGAAUGACGGUGAACAGUGGGAGCUCAGUCGGUGCCAAUGUGCCCUGCGCAUAAACCCAAAAGACUUUACAUACAAUUUUGAUGGCAACAAAACAGUGAAAGCCUGCAAAGGGAACUUUGUUUAUGACCACACUGAAGUGUACCAAAGCAUAGUGACGGACUGGGACUUGGUGUGCGAGAGAGAGUGGCUGGCCAAGCUGUGCCAGCCCACCUUCAUGUUGGGAGUGCUGAUUGGUGCACUGGUGUUUGGGGACAUUGCUGACAGGGUUGGUCGUGUGAGGAUCUUAAUGUUCACCAGCCUCUGUCAGUUUGCACUUGGGGUGUGUGUGGCGUUCUCUGGAAACUACUAUUUCUUUGUUGUGCUCCGAUUUUUCCUUGCCAUGGUAUCCAGUGGAUACCUGGUGGUGGUGUUUGUCUAUGUGACUGAGUUUACCGGCAUCAAGGUACGCACAUGGACCUCUAUGCAUGUGCAUGCAGCCUUUGCAGUUGGCAUCAUGGUGGUGGCUCUGACUGGCUACCUAGUGCGGGUCUGGUGGAUCUACCAGAUCAUCCUCUCCACAUGCACCUCGCCCUUCUUGCUCUUCUGCUGGAAGUUCCCUGAGACACCUUUUUACUUGAUGGCCAAGGGUCAUUACAAGGAAACUCAAACCCUGCUGGACACAAUAGCCCGCUUCAACGGCCUUGACUGCAGGCUGAGGGCCGAAGAUCUCCUGGAGCCAGCAGAUCAGAAUGGCAAAGCUCUGCUGCAGAAGGAGUCAGAGGAGCGGCCAUCGCAGGCCGAAAAGAAGCUAACUAUCCUGGAUCUGUUCGGCAGCUGGAGGAUGGUGGGGCGCACAUGCACAGUGUGGGCCAUCUGGUUCAUCGGCAGCCUGGGCUAUUACGUCUUCUCUUUGGGCUCAGUCAACCUCGGAGGAAACCAGUACAUUAACCUCUUCCUGGCUGGUGCAGUGGAGCUCCCCUCUUAUCUGGUUGGUUGUUUUGCAAUGGACCGGAUAGGCAGGAAGAGGACUUGUGCCCCAGCUCUGCUCCUGGCUGGGAUCGCUUGUAUGCUCAUCAUUGUGGUCCCUGCUGACAUCGAGGUACUGGCCAUCGCUCUCUGCAUGACAGGAAAGUUUGCCAUCGCAAUUGCCUUUGGUCUCAUCUACCUGUACACCUGUGAGCUUUACCCGACAAUCAUCAGGUCUCUGGCAGUAGGCAGUGGCAGCAUGAUGUGCCGUGUUGGCAGUGUGGUGGCUCCCUUCUGUGUGUACCUGGCUGACGUCUGGGUCUACCUACCUCAGCUAAUUGUGGGAAUCCUGGCGUUCAUUAUUGGAGUGCUGACAUUGCUGUUGCCUGAGACUCUGGGCCAGCCUCUAACAACCACUUUGGAAGAAGCUGAAGCCCUGGGACAUGAGCCCAGCAAGAAGGCCUCAACCCUGGGCAAUAAAGAUGCUGAGGAUGGGUUGGAGAUGAACCAACAUAUGGAUAGUGCCUGAGCUGUACACUGCUGGAGAGAGACAGACACAGAGAGAGAAGCUCUGGAAAAACAUAAUAGAAGGAAAAGAGAGGAGGUGAUGGCUGCCAAAACCUGAAACAGUGACAUUAUUGAUUUAUUGAGUUGUUGAAAAAAAAAGAAAGAAAAAAGAACACACUUUUAUCAGAACCAGUUGAAAUUUAGUGUUUGUUGAGAUUUUACUCUGCAAAAUGACCAGUAGUGUAGUACUCAAGGGGUCUUCAGAUAGUACAGAAACCUUUCGGCUUGCACACAGACCUCAGUAAUAUAGCAGCCAGUCACAGAUACAGUGCAAUCAGGGCAGGCCGUGAAUUCAAUUAUCAGGAAAAUCACGUGCUCUGUGUGUAGUCUGUGUGUUAUACAUAUCUUGUGUAUCCAAGACCAAGAAAAUAUGAAGGAUGUAAAAGGAUCAUUUCAGUUUAUGACAAUUUCAGUCUUGUUUUGCUAGUUUUGGUCAUCAUUUCUAAAACACAUUGUAGUAUUGGCAGGUUAAUCUAAACCACUUUAUUUGGCAGUGCAACUGAAAGAGGACAGUUUGUGCUUCUUGCACCUUCAGAUAUUUCUUUACGAUGUUGCUCUAUUAACAGAUAUCAGCCAUCAUCUACAGUAACUUGUGAGUAGAGUAUUCUUAUUGCUGAUAGGACUGUUGUUGCUGCUGUUAUUGUACCAGUAACCAUGAAUCAUUGUCAAAUGCAAAUCAUGGGAUGAAAGCAUUAAGAUGCAAUGUUAAUUUAAACACACAUUGUAAAAUCAUGAUACAACAAAUAUAAUGUUUUAUUUUAGUAUCAAAAAGUGCCUUAAUUUUUUAAUCUUUUUUUUCAACAGUCAUUUUAAAUCUCAGGGCAUCCAUUUUUGGAUAUCACUGUGAAACUAUACAAAUGUAUAAUUUAAUUUUACACUGAUGUUAUUCUCAAUUCCAUCUUGUCUAAGGUGCCAUCGUUUAGCUGUAAUUUUUAUUUUUAUGUCCGUGUAUGUGUGUGUGUGUUAGAGUGUACGAUAUUGAAGUACAUGGAAGUCAGUAUCCUCAUUUUCUAUAUAUAUUUAGAAUAUGAAAUCUAGAUGCUGGACAUAGUGAAGGUGAUGAGCAGCUGUAUAUGAAGUAAUACUAUAUUACUGUAUUUUCAAGAGUUGAGAUCGUGGAAUGUUUGGACCAAAGACAGGAAUGAACCACAACAAUGUAUUCACCUGCUUUGAAACACUACUAGCAUGUAUCUUUUUUCAUAUCAAACAGUUGUGUGUGGUGCUUUAAAUUGAAGGAAAACAAGUGCUUUACUCAGGCAUUCAGUUCUGAACUGUUCAUAAUCAAUAGUGCAAUUGUUUUGUAUGAAUAGCUUCUUUGUUAGUAUUAUUUUUAUUUUAUUAUGAAGAAAUAAAUAAGUUGGCUAACACUGAUGUUGUUGGCUUCAUAAUUAAAGUCCACUUUUUACAAAACAGUCAGUGAUAAUAAUAUGACUGCUUCAUUUUGCAAGUUAAAAAUCUCUCUCUCUCUCGCUCUCUCUCUCUCUCUCUUUUUCUCUCUUUCUCUCUCCCUCUCUCCCCUUGCUAUCAAAAUGGGGAGUCGUGGGGUUCAUGGUAAACUAUUUUUGUCAUACAAGGAAUACAGAGGAGGUCUGGGAACAGCCCAAAGGACACUAACAGCUUCCUAUUCGCUGGUGGAGAGGAGUUCCCCACACCCAGCAAGCUCCCUCUGCACCACCCUGCAACACAACAACAAAGCCUCUGUGUUCAUCUUUGGAGCAGAAAUUCUGCAAAUGUGUGUGUAUGUUAUAUCUGAUUUUGUGGAUGGGAUAGCUGAAGUUAUGCACUUUAAUUGAACCUUAACAUGUUAAGCGGCACUAUCCCAUCCAUGGGUCACUUUUGCUGUGGUGGCAUUAUUUUGAGGAUCACUUAUACUGAUUCUGGUUUUUUGGUUGUAAAAUUAAAAGAUUUACCUUUCAAAUGA